AUGGCUGCUCCAGGGUUCUACCAGGCGGCCGCUGGGCCUUCCGUGAUGCCAACCGCACCCCCGUCCUACGAGGAGACGGUGGGCGUGGGGGGCUACUACCCCACGGGGCCUGUCCCUGCACCCGGGCCCACCACGGCGCUGGUGUCUGGCCCUGAUGGAAAGGGCACGAAUCCCCAGUACUACACCCACUCGAUGCCGACCCCCAAUCCCAGCGCAAUCACCGUGCAGACCGUGUAUGUGCCGCAGCCCGUGUCCUUCGUCGACCGCCCCGUCCAGAUGUGCUGCCCGUCGUGUAACAAGAUGAUCGUCACGCAGCUGUCUUACAACGCGGGGGCGCUCACCUGGCUGUCCUGCGGGAGCCUCUGCCUGCUGGGGUGUGUGGCCGGCUGCUGCUUCAUCCCCUUCUGCGUGGAUGCCCUGCAGGACGUGGACCACCACUGCCCCAACUGCAAAGCCCUCGUGGGCUCCUACAAGCGUUUGUAGGGCUUGGCCUGGCCCACUGCUGAGACCGCCCCCCCCCACUCACGCAGCCCCUCCCUGUGCAGAGGCACCGCCUGGAGGGGAGCUCCUCACUCGAGGUGGGGCCCGGACCCCACUGCCGGGGUCCCCCCAGGACACGCAAAAACUCUCACUUCAGUGUGGUCCCCGGGUUCCCCCCACCCCGGUUUCCCAUCCUCUGAGAAGGGCACAGGGUGGGGGGACACCCCUCCCCUCCCCUCCCCUUCGUAUCUGUGGGCACCCUGCCGCCAGCUGACUUCCGUCCUGGCCUCGGUGGCACCGAUUCUCCUGUACCAGCCGCCCACCCCCGGCGCCUGCGGGACUCAGGACGCGGACACAGCACCCUUGAAGCUCAGUCCCCUCUCGGCAGGCCCCGAGCAGCCAGCCCGGAGCUGCAGACCCUGAAUAAACACAGUCCAAGUCCAGCGGCUGGCUCUGUCCUCCCUGCCUGGCUCUGGGCCGGGCCCGCGGCCGCGUUUGCACCAAGGAAGGGGCCCCCCCGUUUCUCACAGCCCUGUGGCUGGCACGACUGUUUCAAUGCCCCCUCUUGGCCUUAACCCCCUUGGCACGCGCUUUUCGGAAGAGAGUUAGGUUCUGUCUCGCAACACGAGGACCCCGGCAAGUUCACACCCACCCAAGUCUCAGCCCGCCCAGGGUUCCCUUUCGCUCCUCUGCUUGGGCUGGACGUGAUCCUGGCGCUUUUCUGCAGGGAGACUGAAACAGGGCCCCUCGGGGACUGUUUUGAAACGCAAAGGGCAGCAGAUUCGAACCCUCCUUCCAUGGCACCGGGCAGCCCGGGAAGGUGCCCUCGACGGAGGCCUCUAAGGGCUAGUUCGGGGCUGGAGAGAGUCCACUGGGCUGA